UCUCAUUUGUGUCAUCACUUGUCAAUGCAUAGAUUUUUUAGAAAAUUGUAUUAGUUAUCAGUUUGGCCAAAUGAGUGGUCAAUUCAUCCUAAUUGAUGAAAUCUAUUACUUUGGCUUGAAAUUAAAAGAUAACUAAAUUCUUUCAUAUUGAUUUUUCUAUGAAAAGAUACUUAACCUGAAUCCUAGUGUCCUAAUCCCUUAUCCUAAUGUUCCUAGUGAUAAAAAAAUUUUAUAAUGCAUAAUACCCAAAUAUAAUUUCUUAGCACAAUUGAAGUUGUAAUGUUUACACGCCACACACAAAGAAAAAGCCUGCAUGCUAGGUGCUUUUGACCGAAAAAUCCCCUUCUUUUCCUGGUUUUUAUUGUCCCUUUUCCAUUUCCUAAUUUUUGUUUAUAUUAAUUACAUAAUCAUAUAUAGGGAGUUGAUACAAUGUUUCCUUAUCUAUGCCAAAAUCUAAGGCCUUGGAUAACGAUUUGUUUUUUUAAAUCUCAUAACACUUCCUCAAGAAAUACUUGGCAUACAUGAUCUAUGAUUCUGAUACAUUUGACACUGUAAUAUUGUUAUAUUCAUCAAUCAUCAUUGCACUUAAAUAGAUCUUAGGAUCUUCAGCAGUCAUGCAUUGAAAAAGUAAUAGAAAUACCAAACUGAAAUUCUAUAGCAAAUUGAGGAUGUUAGUUUUAACAAUCAAAGUUCAUAGGACCUCCGUGAAAUACUCCAAAAGUUGAACGACUAAUAGUGUAAAUGUACCCCACUAUUUAAACCCUCCCCAUAAAUAACCCCCAUAAAUUUCCAACUCUUUUCUAAUUUCAUCAUUUAAUUUUCUAUUUUUUUCUCCUCCUCUCUUCUCUUCUGGCAAACAAAUUAACCAUGUCAAACUUAUAUGGUCAGAACUUCAAAUCCUCACCUGCUAGAGCCCAUUCUUCCACACACAUUUGGGCCAACACAGAUGGUGGGAGCUCAUACCUGGAAAGUCUCUUAGAAGAGAAAGAGAAGGUGGCUUUCUAUGUACAUGACAUUCCUAUUUGCAAUAAAUUGUUGAAUGAAGAGAUAUUGAAGAUUUCUGAGAUGAUACCCAACCAGGGUUAUAAUGACUUUGAAAGACUGCAGCUUGGAAGCCCUAAUCGUUUGAAUCAUAAUUUAGGUCAUUGGGAUAGAAAUUCUCCUCUUCAACAUCAGACAACACUACAAGGACCUCCAAUUGGUCAUGGCCAAAGUUCCUUACUUACAAAGAAGUUGGUACGCUUGGAUGUGCCUGUUGAUAGAUUUCCUGGUUUCAACUUUGUGGGAAGGCUCCUUGGUCCUAGAGGCAAUUCCUUGAAGCGAAUAGAAGCUCUCACAGGAUGUCGUCUCUUCAUCAGAGGAAGGGGUUCCAUGAAAGACCCUAACAAGGAGGAGCGUUUGAGGGGAAGACCCGGCCAUGGACACCUUAAUGAACCACUUCAUAUACUGAUCGAGGCGGAAUCACCUGAAAAUGUUGUUGAUGGAACACUCAAACAAGCACAGGAAAUCAUCCAAGAAUUGCUCAAACCUGUGAAUUAUUCUAGGGAUCUAUACAAAAGGCAACAGUUACGAGAACUGGCUACACUGAAGUCCCUCUUUGGAGAAGACAACUCUCAGCCCAGUAGCAGUAAAUUUCCAUGUGGGUGUGGCGCAAUGAAGUGCACCACAACCGCUAGGAAAGGGGCCAUGUAGUCCUUUUUCUCAUGCAUAGGGUACAACCGGUUGAUGUAUGCCUAUUAUCGAGUGGUCAACUUCUACAAUCUUUGCUGAAAAAAAAACAAGUAAAGGAUCUAUGUAGUAUGUACAAAGUUUGUUCGCAUUUUCUUUUUCUUUUGUUUUAUUUUUAGUGUAGUUAUGUUUGCUUGGUGUUGUUCGGUCUUUUGAACCAUUGUUGAUUGUUUCUUUUUUUUGGUUGUUGCUUGUGUUAUGUAUUAUAAGCUACAUGUUUGUUUUGUGUGAUGUGUAUAUAGUGUCUAAUAAAUAGUUUUUAGCUUUUAUA